CCUUGCUGAAAUGCAAAACUUGUUGCUGGUCCUUGCGGUCGAUGCGCACGGCGCGGAGCUUUUAGGUUUUCUCAGUAUCACUACGAUCUGUCGCUGAAUUCUGUCCAGCUGGAGCGGAUCUCAAAACUGGCGCUAUCAGAAGAGGACCUCCCUAAUGCGCGAGUGUUGCCUGUAAUUGAAAUCGCAGUCAAACUGUGCGAUUUCGCGGAAAAUGAGCAGGACCGAUGAGACUGCGUUGCCGAGCAGCUCUUUGGUGGCGGGCUUUGGGUAGCGCGUGUGCCGCCUGCCGCUCGGAGCUCCGGAAGACCGACUGGACUUUCUUCUGGUCGCCGUGAUCACUUGUUAAGCUCAGCCCGAGGGAACUAUUCUUUUUCAACGUAUGCGGUUUAUGAAAAACCUUACCAAUUUCUCACAAGAAAGUGGAUACCGAAUAACGCGCUGUUCUGGAUUCAUAUGGAUAUUAUUUUCACGGUUCUCUGGAUAGUGCAAUGAUGUGCUCUCAAAACAGAAACAAAUGUUUACCUCAUUCUGGACAUUUGACAGCACAUUGGAAAUACAGUCUGUGGAGAAUGAUGUGACACAACGUAUUAUGUUCUUUUCUAUAUAGAUAUAUAUUAUAUAUACAUAUAUGUUGUAGCUGUUGUCUGAACGCAAAGUGAGUGUAAUAUUGUGUUAAGAGAGUUGUUUUAUAGUAGCUGUGUUUUGCUGUGCUUUACAGCAAAUUUACUGCUACUACUACUACAAUAAUAAUAAUAAUAAUAAUAAUAAUAAUAAUAACAAUAAUAAUAAUAGUAAUAUAAUAAUAAUGUAUUACAUUUUAUGUAAUAUUUUAAAAGCAGUGAUCAUGAUAAUAUGGAACUGAUUAUAGAUUAGACCAUACGAUAUAUAGUUUUAUAGAGCAUUUACAAUUUCACAUUAAUGUACAAUAUGAUAGGCUUUCUCAGUAAUUAAUAACGUGUAACUGAAAGCUUUUUUUUAUUGGUGGCAAUACCACAUUUAAUUCUUAUUUCAGUGUUUUGAUGUCUUUGUUGAUAUCAAUUGAGUUAGCCAAAGAAACACUAAAUAAAGAAGGCUUUGCAGUGGCGAACUGGCUGUCAUGCAGGAUUGAUUGUGGGAAAUAUGUUUGGGCUGGAACAGUUUGGUCCACAUAUUAAAAACAGAAAUUUUGGCCAGACUGAAAAAAACUUUAACCAGUCAAAAGUGAACAUGAACUCCCAUUACAAGAGCCCAGGUUUUCAUGCUGGAGGGCCGCAAGGGACAGUUGACAGUGGUAUGGAUCCACUUAACGAGCCUCCUGUGAUUGAGAUGAGCAUUAAUAUGAAUGGAGGGGAGCAGUAUGGUGGAUUUCAGCAAGGAAAUUCUGAAUUACAUGCAGGGAAUCUCCAACAACAACAACAACAGCCUUCAAUACAUGGAUUUUUUAAUCCACAACAACCUCAUAAUCAUCCUCACAGCCACCAAACACAUUCACACCAACACCAUCGACACUUUGGGGGAAACUUUGGACCUGAACCUGGCUCCUCUUGUUUGCACAGCGGAAGAAUGAUGGGGUAUAACAGCAGCAUGGGACUCCAGCAAGGAUUCCCAGAGGGUUUUGACUCACUCUCUGAGGGACAGUCAGCAGAUGGCUUCUCUCAACAGCAGUCCCAGCAGCAGCAGCAAAGGACAGGCUCCAUCCCUGAUUUUCAGCACCACAGACCCCCAAAUGGUAAUCACCCGGUCCCUGCCCCAUGUCUCCCCUUGGACCAAUCACCUAAUCGUGCUGCUUCAUUCCAUGGCCUGUCUUCUUCAUCCUCUUCAUCAGAAAGUCACAAUCUAGAGUCCAGACGAAUUCCCCCAUCAGGUGGUGUUGAUGGACUGGAUUACAACUAUUCUAAUGAGCCUUCAUCUGGACAUUUUGAAGUAUCUGUGUACUCCCCCUCUGCAUCUGAUUCUCAGCUUUCUCAUUUUAGGCAUAGCCGUCAGGUGCCAGGGCCCAGCUUUUCAGGAAACCCAGGAUUAUCUCAAGCUCCUGGAAUGCAGGGCAUCUCUAAAGAACACCCUCAUGCCCCCCCUCAACAGCAGCAGCCCCCAGCCCAGCACAGCGUGUUCUUUGAACGUUUUGGGGGUGGCCGCAAAAUACCAGUGGGGAUAGAGCCUGGUGCCAGGCAUCCUCUCGUGCAGCAGCAACCUGGCUUGAUUGGCCGACAGAAUAUUUGCCCACCAUCUAUCCAACAGCCCCCACAAUCAGAGACAGGUUCUGCUAAUGCCAGUAUGCAGGAGGGAGGCGUCAUGGUGCCUGGCCAGCAUAAUCAGUUUGAAUACCCUAUUCACAGACCAGAGAACAGACGGAUGAAUAGUUACGGCGACCCUGUGUUCAACAUGCAACAGCAGCCACCCCCUCCACAGCAGCCUUCCAAUCAGAGGCUGCAACACUUCGAUUCUCCUUAUUUAAAUAUGGCUAAGAGGCCCAGGUUUGAUUUGCCCAAUAGUACUCAUGGCGGGGAGAAUUGCAGCAGUUGGAACAGUGGUAUGCAUAACCCGCCUGGAAUGGAGAAUCAUCUCUCUCCAGCAGCCUAUCCCGGCCUGUCUGGAGAGUUCACCCCCCCUGUGACAGAUGGUUUUUCAUCAGGCCCAUCAAUGCAACUUACAGGGCCUGAGCAGCAGUCAAUGCAGCAGCAACAAAAUGCAGCCAUGAUGAUCAAACAAAUGGCCUCUCGAAGUCAGCAGCAGAGGAUGAGACAACCCAAUCUGCAGCAGCUGGGUCAUCACAGUGAUGUUUCUCAAGGGCCCUUGGGGCAUGGGGGCCCAGUGGGAGGCAUGCCUCAGUCAAAUUUCGAGAGGGAAAACGGUAGGAGGAUGGUUAACUUUGAUGGACGGAAUGCACAUGUGACUUUAGAAAGUGGGUGGUUUCCUGGGACACAUCCACCUGGGGAAGUGCUGGGCCAUCGAAUAGGGGCAGGUGGAGAGGCGGGGGCUCAUGAAAUGCAGCAAAAUGGCCCUGGCAUGAUGUUUAGUGCUAGUGUGAAUGGAAUGGGCAUUCAGGAGCCUUUGAGGAUACCGGCGGAGGGUCAUGUGCAGCCAUUACUUUCACCCAACAUCCACUCACAAUUCAACAGUGGAAUGGGGAACCUUUCACAGAUGCAGUCUCCCAGUACAGGUGUUGGAUUGCAAAACACUCCAUCAGAAAGGCCCCUUAAUGACUUUCCGGGACCACCCAUGGGUGGUCCAUCCUCUUUUCCCUAUGGAGGCUGUAAUCGGCAAGGAGCCUCUCUGAGUAACUCUCAAGGGGUGAGCACCUCACCAGGGAGUUUUACAUCCCAAUCAGACUUUCCCCCUAGCCAGCGUUCCUCUGUCAGCAAGCUUGGGGGACUCUCCAUAGGGAAUUUCAGCAAAACGAGUGGCAAGGACAAUGUUUUUGGACAGAGCUGCCUGGCAGCCCUCUCUACUGCCUGUCAGAACAUGAUUGCCAGCCUGGCGGCCCCUAACCUCAAUGUGACAUUCAACAAAAAGACUCAGGGAGAGGGGAAACGAAAGCUGAGUCAGACAGAACAGGACCUGAAUAACAGUGUGGUUAAUGGCACUGGGAGUGCUGGGACUGAAUAUUUCUCAAGCAUUACUGCCCCCCAAAGUGGGCAAAUGCCUCUCGCUGAAAAUAGCAACACUAAGCCACCAGGUCAAAAUCAGACAUUGCAGGGGGAAGCCAGCACCCUCUCCCCAAAUUACAAUAUGGACACUACCUCUUGCAGUGAGGGGAAGCCAGCAACAGGGAGUGGGAGAGGGAGAGGGAGGAGAAAAAGAGACAGUGGCCAUGUGAGCCCUGGGACAUUUUUCCCCUCCGACAACAGUAACCCUGUUGUAAGUCCUGGCCACCAGGUGACCUCAGCAGCUAGUGUGGGGGAGAGAAGUACAGGCACACCUCAAGAGAAGCCCCACACCUCUCCCUCAUGGGGAAAAGGUGGAGAACUGCUGCUGGGAGAUCAGGCUGACCUUAUAUCAUCUCUUGACAGUGGCAUCCAGAGCGUAUCAAAAUCUGAAGUCUGUUCACCUCGGAUGGAUUUUACAGAUGACGUGUGCACACAUUAUAGCAAUGAGGAUGAGGUUUCAUCAAGCUCAGAUGCUCCAUCCUCUGUGAAGCCUGGCCGCAGCCCUUUGUUAGGUUCGCCCAAAUUGCAGAGAGACAGUGGACUUAUAGGUGGGCAGAAAGGGCAAGGCAUGGGCCUCUCCAGCCACACUACCUCAGCAUCGGAUGGCUUUGGUGGAGUGGGCCAUCCGGGUACACCAGGCAUGGAGCAAGUCCGUACACCCUCUAGCACCUCUGGCCACGAUGAAAUUCACCCGUUAGAAAUAUUGCAGGCUCAGAUACAGCUGCAACGGCAGCAGUUCAGCAUUUCAGAAGAACAGCCUUUAGCUGUAAAAAAUAACAAAACAAGUAGCGACUGCAGUGGUCAAGAUAAGGAUGGAGAGCUUGCUAGCUGUAGCCCAGAUGCUGAAAAGGGCUCUGUGGGCACUAUUGAUCUGGACUCACUCAUGGCUGAGCAGCAUGCCACCUGGUAUGUGCCCAGUGAUAAGUCUCUACUUGAGGAUACAGAGGAGGAGAAAUCUAUGUGGGAAAACAAAAAAGUCCAGGGAACCAUCAAAGAAGAAGUAGACCUCUCUCAGAGUAAAACCACAGGAGGAUCGGGAUCCUCGGGGACUACUGGAGGUGUGGGUCCUCAUCUCCAGUGUCUGUCAGUCCACUGUACAGAUGAACUUGGGGAGUCAAAGGGACACGGGGGACCUGUUCCUUCCUGGCGAUCCCUUCACUCGGACAUCUCAAACCGUUUUGGAACCUUCGUAGCUGCGUUGACUUGAAGAGAACAGAGCAGGACAAAAAAGACCUUUCAACUAGCGGGAUGAGAAAAGACAACAAGAUUUUCUGUUUAAGCCGGAUAAAUCGAUGUCUCUUUGUCAGGGCAGUGAGUGCCCGUUUUUUUGUAGAAAACACAAGGAUCGUCCGAAUUUACUGUAGGAUGGUAUAUAAAGGGUUUAAUAUGUACGGUGUACCAGUUCUGAUGCUGUUUUCAAAUCCAGACCUCAAUAUUCCUUUUUAUGCCUAUGCAUUCUGAUAACUAUUCUGUUCA